AUGGCCGAUUAUAGCUACGGUAGACUGACUUCAUUGGCAAAUUCACUUCCUCCUCCUCCUCCUCCUCCUUUUUCUGUUCCUUCUCCUCAUACUUCUCAUGUUUCCAGCGGUCUGAGCUCUCAAAGAUCCAUUGCCUUUUCUCUCCCUUCCUUACAGGAAGAUUCUGAGCAAGAAGCUGCAGAAGAGAAAGAAAGCCAACUUGAAAACAGAAAAGGACAACAAGAAGGAGAUCAUGAAAAGCAAGUGGAAAAAGAAGAAGAUGAAGAUGAUGAAGAAGAAAGGCACCGUCGUAUUGUGUGCUGUGCUUGGAUGUUCUUCGGAUUAUUUGCUGCUGUUUUUCUCUUCCUCCUUUUUUUCCUUAUUUACGUAGUCAUACUCCGAUCAGCAUUGCCUGAAAUUUCAGUUUUGAGACUGGACUUCCCUAGAUUAAACUUUUCAAGUAGAGAACAUGAAGCCCUCUUGAAUGCCAACGUUAAAAUAAGAAUCCAAGUAUUGAACAAGAACCAAAAGGUUGAGCUUGAAUAUGGUCGGUUAAAGGUUCAAGUGUCAUCGGAGGAUAUCCACCUGGGAGAGACUAUGGUUUCUGGAUUUUCCCAGAUGCCAAACAAAAGGAGGGUUUUGGUUAUAGCAACCAAAGUAAGGAAAUCUAUGGUAAAUGCAGAAAGUGCCAAGAUCUUAAAAGAAAAUGCAAAGAAUAAGAAGAUAAUUAUUGAUAUUGUGUUAAGUGGAAACAUUGGGUUUGAUGCUGGAGUAAUUAAGACGCAUUGGGUGCCUGCUCUUAUAACUUGCCAUGAAAUUAAUCAAUUUGAUGUUGAUAUGGCCAGGAAGCCUAUUUGCACCGUUAAAAUCUUUGGUUUCAGGUAA